AUGAAGCCACUCGCACAGCACUGUCGCAUCCUGCUCGUCUUGCCCGUCGAGAUCUGGUUCCACAUAUACGCUCAUCUCUCCAGCGAGUCGCACUCCUGCUUUCCGCUUGUCUGCUCGGCAUUCGCUGUGAUAGCCCGCCAUCCAUUCUCCGUCGCAACGCGUCUUCGCACCACGUUUACUCCGAAGCUGGCCCUCUAUUUUGCCAUGAAACGCAACGUUCUCACACCGACCCUGGGAAACAUGCUUAUCCAGAACGGCUCAGUCUUGCCGCGCUAUCUUAUCCAGCACGCCUUUCGCUCAUCUGACCACGUCUGUCCAGCCCUCCUCUCGUGGCUUGGGCAGCAGGCAGCCAGUCUCUAUCACCACGACGAAGACUCGCUUGACUUGCUGGAAGAUGACGUCGUGACCUUCCGCAAUCUCCUCAACACCCUCAACCCGCAUGAUGUCACGGCGCAGAUCCGAUCCAAGCUUGCGGACCUCAUCGUCCGUUACGGCUUUUUCCCACCACCGGAAGAUGAGCGUUUCGCGUACAUUUUGUACAAACUUGGCAAAAUCGACAUUGACCUGCUGACUCUCCUCAUGAAGAAGAACGGAUAUAGAAUCGACGCUAUCAACGACGAGUUUAUGAAAUGGGUUCUGCGAAAGGAGUUUCAGAGCCCCAAGGAGGCUCUCGCCAAGUUCCAGCGACUUGGCUUCAAGCUCACGUCGUCGGUCGUCAAUCUGGGGCUGCAGCUCGCUCGCAACGAAAUCAUCGGUGCCUUCAAGGAGUGUGUGCCCGAAGGCGAGCUGAGCAGGCAUGUGCUCAAUACCCUCGAGAGUCUACUUGGUCCCGAUCGCUUGUGCACCUCGGAACAUAUUCUGGAGCAUCUCAGACACAGCUUUUCGAUCCCGCUGGCGACGAUCAAGGGCAUUCUUCUGACCCACAAAUCCACGGGCUGCCCGCAAAAGGACCAAAUCAAGUUUCGCACGCGCUGCUACCACCAGCAGCACCCGGCCACCAUCUGGAAGUGGAUCUUUCGCAUAUUUCCUUCCAGUGACGAAAUUGUGCAGGCUUGCUUCGAUGACAUUAUGCAAAAGCUGGGUAGCAAAGAUUCCCAAUGCUGCUUGCGUCCGCUGCCCGAGCAUUUUCUCAGAGCCGGGAUCUCAAUUAGCGUGCAACACUUGCCCGACAUACUCCGGAUUGCCCAGCGGGAAGAAACCCUUGGUGUUGCCGAGUUCAUCCUUGAGCAUCUCUACCAGACUCUUGUGCUGGACCGUUACUCGGACGAGAGCAAGGCAGAUUGGGACAAGGCAUUAUCUACUCUUUGGGAUGAGGAAGCCUUUAUUGCCAGCGCUCUGGGCACAUCUCGAUACUCGGGACUCAAGCGGAAACGGGGCAGAUCCGGGGCGGCGACCGUGAGAGCCACCCUCAGCACCUCCAAGCCCGGCCUGUCAGUUCCGGAGCCUUCUCCACCACAGCCCGCCGCAGCUCAGACGCCGCCUUCCAACUCCAAUCUCUACAUUUUGAUCAGGGACAAUCGCUCGAUGGUUGAUGGGCGUAGGACCCACAUCCAGCCCAUCCUAUGCGACUUGCUCAAGUUCGAAGAGCGACUCCAAGCCUGGGCCGAAAAGCUCACCGAGCUCCAACAAGACAGGUUCUGUCGGCGAUCCAAGAGGCUGUAUUUGCGCCGACAGGCGGUCCCUGCACAAAGUUCGGAAUGA